UUAAUUAUUAUUAUUUUACACUCUUUUGUUUCUGUAAAUUAUGGACGACUUGUUAGACCUCAACUGGUCAGCACCUUCCUCUUCCCCUAAGCCAACACCCCCUUCUUCCAAGCCAAAAGAUGCAUUUGCUGACUUGCUGUCAACUAAUAAACCAGCAGAAGCACCCAAGCUUUCUUUAUUAGAGCAACAAAAAUGUCAACAAAAUACGUCACCUUGGCUUACACCUAUUCAAGCCAACACCAGUAUACCUACUCAGACCAAUAUACCUAGUCAGGCCAACACGCCUGUUCGAGCGAAUACACCUACUUCAAGAACUACUUUGAGUGCUGCUCCCUCUCCGUCACUUUCUACACUCGAAGUCAAUAAAACAACUACUUCUUCUUUUGAAGACUUACUUGACCCUUUUGGUAAUAAGAAACCAACUCAAGAAAAGAAUACUUCUUUAAACCAAAUACGAACACAAGGCAGUUCUACACCUGUUUCUCAAAGUGACAACGAUUGGGAUUUUGAUUUUCUGGACACAAAAGCAACCGUAAACACAAACAUAGCGAAUGACCCAUUUGAUAUGGAGUCACUAGUUCAACAGACGACACAUAUUGUAGAAGAAGAUGAUAACCCAUUAGGCAUAUUGGCCGAACCGCCUUCUACCAAAGCACCUUCAGACAAAUCUACAAGCCCUGUUGUCACAAACACUAAACUCGAUGAUGAUCAAGAAGAUGAAAUGAUGGCACAUUUGAUUGAUAUGGGAUUCAGUUUGCAGGAAUCAAAAUUUGCUAUAGAAGCCACAGGUGGUCAGGAUCUUCAGGCAGCUAUUGAUUUAUUAGUUCAGAAUUUGGAAACAGCAAAGCGCCAACAACCUACAAGGAGCAGUGCACAAAAUACUUCUGUUCCGAACAAACAGGCUGAAGACAGACCACAUAACCAAACUGAGAAAAUCGUAUCUCAGGCACAAGAAUUAGGUGGAUUUCUUUACAAGAAUGCCACUUCUUAUUUUAAGGCAGGACGUGAAAAAGUAACAAAGGUUGUAGUGGAUUGGCAAGAACAACAACGAGCACAAAGAUUACAGGAGCAAAAGCAAAAUGCCAGACCUAAAUGGAUGACAGAUAAAGACAUAGACAUGACAAUGGAUUCUCAAAAAGUGGAAAGAUUUGCAGAUGAUGACGAUGACGAUGACGAUCAUGAAAGACAAAAGAGACAGCGUGAGAAAGCGGCUGCCGCUCAUCGUAUGCGUCAACAAGAAAAGGCUAGAAAAGAGACAUUAAUCUCAGAAGAUACUUAUGUUUCACCUUCUCGUCAUCGUCGUCCCAAUAGCGGAAGAUCAACACCAAGCCAACAAAACCCUUCUCAUGUGCCUUCAAAGCCUGCUCCAUCACCUGUGAAACCUGCCCACCCUCCUGCUAAACCUGUCAACCAUGUCCGUACACGACCCAUCGUCAAUGCUUCAUCUGACAUAAUGACAAAGACAAACGAAGCAAGAGAACUCGGCAAUGCCAAGUUCAAAUUAGGUCAAUUUGGUGACGCCGAAGCUGCUUACACUCGCGCUAUUGAUAUGCUGCCCUCAGGACACGACCACCUUGUCUUACUAUGCAACAAUCGAGCUAUGACACGCCUCAAGAUUGGUGAGUACAAAAAAUGUGUCGAAGAUUGCGACACGGCCAUUGAUCUUGCCAAGCAAAGUGGUGAUGGUAGCACAGAAGUAGAAGGUGUGGUGAUUGUCUGGCGAGACCAAAUCAUCAAGUCUCUGUAUCGUAAAGCAGAAGCAUUAGAAAACAUCGAAAAAUAUACAGACGCUUUAGGUGUGUAUAAUGAACUUGUCAAACUUGAAGGUACUGGUAAUCCCAAGAUUAAUCAUGGUAUGGCUCGUUGUCGACAAGCUUUGAACACAAAGAAAGAGCCUAUCAAGAAAUCAACACCAUCAUCAUUAUUGCCAUCAUUACCACAACAACAACAACAACAACCAAAACAAGACUUGAUGUCCAUGUUUGAUCCUAAUAUAAACCCACCUGAUAUGCCCAUAGUAUCUCAAGAAGAAUUAAGCAAAAGUAAAGCAGUAACUGCUAUGCGUGCCAAAGCUGCUGAACAAGAGGCAGAAGAAGCAGAGCGUCUAGAAAAGACAGAUAUGGUAAAUGCCAAAUUAGUUGCUUGGAAGGCUGGUAAAGAACAAAAUCUACGUGCAUUAUUGGCUACAUUGGACACAUUGCUUUGGCCUGGUGCUCAAUGGAAGGGAGCUCAAAUGAGUGAACUUGUGAAUCCCAAGAAAUGCAAGGUGUGUUAUAUGAAGGCUAUUGGCAAAGUACAUCCUGACAAGCUUCCAUCUAAUGUUACUGUUGAGCAAAGAAUGAUUGCCAGUGGUAUCUUUGCUGCUUUGAAUGAAGCAUGGGAUGCUUUCAAAACUCAAAAUCAAAUGUAAAAUAAAUUUAUAGAUCGAUUUUUAUUGCAUGAUAACCGUAUCGCGAUCGUCAUAGAAGAAAAAAGUUCCCCA